GCCACGCUGACUUGGCUCCAGCAUUUCUGGGCCAAAGUGCAGCUGCAGGCCAGCACAACCCGCGACUUCUCGAAGGAUCUUGGGGAGAUUCAGGGCUUCAACCCGUUGAGGAAAGGCAUCCUUGACAAGGCAGCAAGCGCUUUCCAGACGGCCGUGGGCCUGAUGCGGACGGUGCUGCUCUAUCCUUUGACAGAUCAGAACGAGGCGCAGGAGCUCGACAAUGCUAACAGACUGCUGCAGCAGACCGCGGCGAACCUGCAGGAGAAAAAAGGGCGUUGCAAGGCACUCAUGUCAUCAGCUGCAUUUAUGCAGCUGAAGCUGCGCCACUUCUGCGUGCAAAUGCUCGUACAAGCUCCACAUGACCUUGGCGGCCUUGAGCUCUUCUUCCGGGCAGCUGAAAAAGCCCCUGCGGGUGGUGAUGAGGUGAUUGCGUUCUUGGUGGACACGGAUAGCGAGCUGAACUUCCUCAUGUCCAAGUACUGCUCGGGUGAUGACCUGAGUUCGGCCAUUUCUGUUUUUCAGUGCUUACUGUCCAAAGCACAUCUGAGUGCUGCUGGGCGCAUUAAGCGACGAGUCUUGGUUGACCCGGCUUGGCAGAGACUGUCAGUUGCGCGUCUUGUAGAGAGUGUUGCACGCUCGCCCCAGUCCGCACGCUGGUGUGGUUGCGUGAUAUGUCUGGAGCUCAACUGCGACGGAAGUGCUCUGCGUCGCGUCGUGGGCGUGCUGAUGGCCUGGCCCUUGAGGGGGAGUCCCGCGCCAAGCGAGAGCAUUCGGAACUUCUCCAUUGGCGCGAAGAACUAG